CUCCAUCCCCAUCCCCCGCCAGCGUCUGGGCCUCGUCCCCUUCUCUCUGUCUCCCUCUCGUCCCCCAUCUCGUCCCCCGACACUGACACCCCGAUACUCCUGAACUCUCUUCAGUCCCAGCCUUGCUCUCCAAUCGGCGCCAUCUGAGGGUUUGCCUCCAGGCCACCCCCCCAACUUUGCACAGGCCCCCAAGGGCUACAGAGGACCAUGACUAAGACGGAUCCUGCCCCAAUGGCCCCUCCGCCCCGAGGGGAGGAGGAAGAGGAGGAGGAAGAAGACGAACCAGUUCCAGAAGCCCCCAGCCCCACCCAGGAGCGCCGGCAGAAGCCAGUUGUGCACCCCUCAGCACCUGCUCCGCUCCCCAAAGACUACGCUUUUACCUUCUUCGAUCCCAAUGACCCUGCGUGCCAGGAAAUUCUGUUUGACCCGAAGACCACCAUCCCAGAGCUGUUCGCCAUUGUACGCCAGUGGGUCCCCCAAGUCCAGCACAAGAUUGAUGUCAUUGGCAACGAGAUUCUUCGUCGUGGCUGCCACGUGAAUGAUCGUGAUGGGCUCACAGAUAUGACACUGCUCCAUUAUGCGUGCAAAGCUGGGGCUCAUGGAGUUGGAGACCCUGCGGCCGCUGUGCGUCUCUCACAGCAGCUGCUGGCGCUAGGCGCAGAUGUGACCCUGCGCAGCCGCUGGACCAACAUGAACGCCCUUCACUAUGCCGCCUAUUUUGAUGUGCCAGACCUUGUUCGCGUGCUGCUGAAGGGGGCGAGGCCCAGGGUGGUGAACUCCACCUGCAGUGACUUCAACCAUGGCUCGGCUCUGCACAUCGCUGCCUCGAAUCUGUGCCUGGGCGCUGCCAAAUGUUUACUGGAGCAUGGUGCCAACCCAGCACUGAGGAACCGAAAGGGACAGGUGCCAGCGGAAGUGGUCCCAGACCCCAUGGACAUGUCCCUUGACAAGGCAGAGGCGGCCCUGGUGGCCAAGGAACUGCGGACACUCCUAGAAGAGGCUGUGCCACUGUCCUGCACCCUGCCCAAAGUUACACUCCCCAACUAUGACAACGUCCCAGGCAAUCUCAUGCUCAGCGCGCUGGGCCUGCGCCUAGGAGACAGAGUGCUCCUUGAUGGGCAGAAGACGGGCACGCUGAGGUUCUGUGGGACCACUGAGUUCGCCAGCGGCCAGUGGGUGGGCGUGGAGCUAGAUGAACCAGAAGGCAAGAACGAUGGCAGCGUUGGGGGUGUCCGGUACUUCAUCUGCCCUCCCAAGCAAGGUCUCUUUGCCUCUGUGUCCAAAGUCUCCAAGGCAGUGGAUGCACCCCCCUCAUCUGUUACCUCCACGCCCCGGACUCCCCGGAUGGACUUCUCCCGUGUAACUGGCAAGGGCCGAAGAGAACACAAAGGGAAGAAGAAGUCCCCAUCUUCCCCAUCUCUGGGCAGUCUGCAGCAGCGUGAAGGGGCCAAAGCUGAAGUUGGAGACCAAGUCCUUGUGGCAGGCCAGAAGCAGGGGAUUGUGCGCUUCUAUGGGAAGACUGACUUUGCUCCAGGUUACUGGUAUGGCAUCGAGCUGGACCAGCCCACAGGCAAACAUGACGGCUCUGUGUUCGGCGUCCGGUACUUUACCUGUGCCCCGAGGCAUGGGGUCUUUGCACCAGCAUCUCGUAUCCAGAGGAUUGGUGGAUCCACUGAUCCCCCCGGAGACAGUGUUGGAGCCAAAAAAGUGCAUCAAGUGACAAUGACACAGCCCAAACGCACCUUUACGACAGUCCGGACCCCAAAGGACAUUGCGUCAGAGAACUCUAUCUCCAGGUUACUCUUCUGCUGCUGGUUUCCUUGGAUGCUGAGGGCAGAGAUGCAGUCUUAGAGGCCCUGGAUACCUAACACAGAGACAGAGUCCCCUCUAGCAUCUCCUAACACAAGGAGCCCCCCCAGCCAUCCCAAGAUAGAGAUUCCCAGUGACUUCAGAAUAGAAACCCCGUUAGCCAGCCCUCGAUUACUGAGGUCCCAUUAUUAACAGAUCUCCCACCACGACGACUCCCUAAAUACAGACCUCAUGUUUCCCAAAAGAGAUUCCCUGAGUAGCACCUUCAGGCUAGUCCCUGUCCCCUACUCCUCAGAGCAGAUUCCCCCCAAUAAACAUUUUCCACUUCACCCAAGGGAUGCUGACCCUCUCCACAACAGGACGUUCUUGAGUUACCAGUGAAUUAGAGUCCCAUGAAUGAAGACCCCCCACCCUGGUUCUCCUUAAGCAUAGGUCAUACUUCCAGAAUAGCCAGCCACAUCACUGUCCCCAUUUAACAUCAGUCUCCUCAAAAUGUUGUGACCCCAAGGUCACCAGAAAGCCCUUAUAUUCUACUCUCCUUAUCAGAGAUGCCCCCCAUUCACUUAAGUCCCUGUUCUCACCCCUGAACAAGACACCCACUUAGUCGGCCCACUCACCCCAAUUUACAAACACCAAAACCGUCCUGGAAGCAUGAAUUACAGGACAGCAAGUCUUCCUGCCCUCUGUACCCUGAGAAACCCCCAGUGCCUUGUAUGAAGCCCACCCCACAUGGCCCACAGUCCCUGUGCUGGCCAAGGCUCCCAGAAAAUUCUCUAUUUUUUAAAGUGAUAACUUCCCCCCUUUGGGGGGAAAUCCCCAAAUUUGGAGGCCCCAUUCUAGAACUCUGGGGAGUUCAAAUUCCAGAGAGAAUAUAUAUUAUAUAUGUCCCCAAAUUUCCCAUCCCUCCAAGCCCCACGAUCUCUAGAAGACCCCAAAUUUCUAAUUCCCAGGACUUCCCUACCCAAGUAACAGAAUCUUCAAAUCCCCAGGGAAUCCCAAACUUAAGACCCCAAUCCCAAGCCCUCAGGAAACCCCAACUACAAGGUCCUAAGGACUGGGAGGAAGGACCCUGUUGCCAGGCUCUCAGGGCAUCUCAAACCUGACUCCCAGGCACCAGGAGACCCCAAACAGGAAGUCCCAUCUUUGGAACAAGGAUAGAGGACUCUAAUACUCUUAGUCCAUGGAUCAUCUAAUCUCUCAACCUCCAAAUUCCAUGGGCCCCAGCUUCAAGGGAACCCCCAAGUCCCAAAUCUCUGAUUACUAAUAUGUGCAGGGCCCCAGGGCUCUAACAGGACCCCAAGUCAUGGAGUCCCUACUUCAAUCUACCUUCCGGUCACAGGUCCAAGACACUAAAUCUGAGUCAUUGGCCCCAAAGGACUUCACAGCUCCUGGGCCAGACCAACAGCCUGCGGGAGAACCUGAGGGCCCCAUAGGUCCAGAGCAGACCUGGGGCCCUGACCACCAAGGACAGCUCACGACUGCCCCUUCACUGCAUGUCCCUAAAAUCAGCAUGACUCCUGUCCUCUUCAAUAAAGACGUUUCUAUGGCC